AUGUCGGUCCCUAAUUGCGCCUACUUGAUUGGAGGACCGGAUCAGGUGCUGCACCAAUCAGGAUCCAGGAUUUGGGCACGAGGUGCACAAACUAUCCAAGUAUCAGUGUUCUCAGCAACAUCCAAGACUAUGAUUCUCAGGUGGACCAGGUACUCUGGAGCCAGCUCGUACAAGAUCUCCGUUGCCCCCAAAAGCUCACCCAGCAACCCCAUCGCUUUUGCCCUCUUUGGUCCAAACACAGUGAUGGGCUCUAUCAGUGCUCUGUCCCCAAACAUCAAUUAUGUCCUCACAGUUGAAGCUCUGGAUGAUUCCCAGGCAACACUGAGUACUGCAGCUGUUGAGUCGUCAACAGCCCCUGAGAUGAUGGAUCCCAUCCAGACGGUGAAGGUGAAGGAUAGCACAACCUUGAUGAUGGAGUUCACCCCAAAGACCGGGGCGACUGAGUACAUUGUACGCGUGCAGAACUCCAAUGGCCUCUACAGAGAAGACAGAGUGUCCUCCUCCCCCGCUGAGAUCCAGUCCCUCACGCCGUACACUGAGUACACGCUCAGCAUCAUGGCUGAGAACAGCGGGGGCCGCAGCCAGCCAUCUCUUCCUGUGACUGCAAAGACAGUGUUGCCUCCUCCUCAGCUCUCCACCUCCUCUCCCAGCAACGACAGCGUCAUCGUAUCCUGGGCCCCCAUUGCUCACGCUGUCCAGUACACCCUGGACAUUUACAAGUUUGGCUCAAACACCAACAUGAAGCACAACACCUCCGACACCAAUCUGACCAUCUCUGGCCUGGACGCCGGCUCGCUCUACAUCAUCAGGGGUUUCGCCUGGGACCCUGAGGGCCGAGAGGGAGAGGGCAGUCUGCAUGUCAACCAGACAACACGACCUCCAACACCAUCUUCUGUCAACAUAUCUGUGGUGAGGAGUAAUGGUGAAGCCGAACUCUCUGUGUCCUGGGAACUUGACCCGGAGGUCUACGGGUCCAUAGAGUAUUUUGUGACGAGUGACCAGGACCUCACCUGUAACACCACAUCCAGCUCCUGCACCCUGUCUCCAGUGGGGUGUGGAGAGAUGCACGUUAUCCAGGUCACUGCCACAAACGAGGCUGGUCCCAGCUACCCGUCCAGCCCCGAAGUCUUCAUCACCUUCCCCUGCCCCCCAGAGUCUUUGGCUCUUGAGGAGUCGACAGAAGGAAACUGCACGUUGACCUGGGACACGGUGCUUCAUGCUGACAGCUACACGGCCUUCAUCAAGAGAGGUGACGGUGGCGAGGAGAUCUGUAACACCACCAGCAACAACUGCAACUACCACUGCCAGUGUGGCUACACGUACCUGAUGUCUGUGCUCGCAUUCAACCAGGCUGGCUCCAGUCCUCCGGGGAAGACUCUCAACUAUACCACCUUGCCCUGUUGUCCAGAGGGUGUAUCCGUCUCCGCCGUGAGCACUGACACGUUAGAGAUCACGUGGACAGCUUCAAGGGGGGCCGAGCUGUAUGAGACUCGGGCUGCAGACAGUUCAGAAGUCAUCCUGUGUAACGACACGGCGCCAGUGUGCGCCCUCUCUGACCUCAGCUGUGACAGCGCCUACAGCGUGGUGGUGACGCCCUGCAAUGAAAUCAGCGGAUGCAACCGUGCAUGCAAAGCUCACACAAAAGACACUGCUCCCUGCAUGCCAAUGAGUCUGAGCCUGAAUCCAAAGAACUCCUCCUGCGUCAGUGUCAGCUGGACAGCAAGCAACAGGGCUGCAACUUACACUGUGAAUGCAUUGGGAGAGGACGGCACCUACACCUGCAACACCACAGGAAACAGUUGCGACAUCACUGACCUUCCCUGUGGCUCCAUCUAUGAAGUCACCGCCAUAGCGAGCAGCGCUGCUGGCCUGAGUUUACCCAGCUACUCUGUCUCUCUGGAAACAGAACCUUGCUGCCCGCUGAAUCUGACAGUGGCUCAGGUGACGCAGGCGAUGACCAACGUCUCCUGGUCUCAUGCCAAAGGGGCGCAUUCGUUCAUCACUUCUCUGACAUCACCACGUGGUCACGCUCGCUGCCACACCCAGGACUCCCACUGCCUGAUGGGAUGCAUCACCUGUGGGACGAGCUACACUGUCACCAUGGAGGCAUUCAGCCACAGCGGACGGAAGGCUGACUGCACCUAUCAGGGCUUCUCGUCCAGUGCCUGCUGUCCCUCAGGCGUCAGGCUCUACAGGAUGGCUGGUAACUCUCUGCGGGUGCACUGGCGCAGCGCUGGUGGCAACCACAGCUACAUCACAGAGAUGGUGGGCAGCAGCAACAACUACACCUGCACUGCAUCUCCUGGGCAGAACAGUUGUGAUUUGAGCAACAUCCAAUGUGGGGACAUCUAUCAUGUAGUGGUGGCCCCACUCUCACCAGAGGGCAGCAAAGUCCUGUUUUGUCCUCAGAGGCUGUACUCAGUGACCUGCUCAGACAGCAACAUUGGCACAGUCAUUUUCAGAGGGAAGAGAAGUGUGGAAUAG